UGCAGGUUCACAUGGUAAUUUGGGAGGACUGGCUAAUCCCCUGGCUCCACCCACCACCCUGUAACACAGCUCCUGCUGCUCUUGCAUAUAUAGAUAGGUAUGGCCCUACACCCGGCUGCACACACCAGAGCCUGGACACAGAGCAAUCCUAAACUUUCUUCCUCCCUGGCUGCCCUCCACCUGCUCCCGCCAUGAAGAAGGAAAUACUAACCCUGGCCUUUGCUCGAGCCGUCUUUGUGGAGUUCCUCUGCACGCUCAUCUUCGUCUUCAUUGGGCUGGGCUCGGCGCUGAAGUGGCCGUCGGCGCUGCCCAGCAUCCUGCAGAUCGCGCUGGCCUUCGGGCUGGCCAUCGGCACCUUGGUGCAGGCCUUCGGCCACAUCAGCGGCGCGCACAUCAACCCCGCCGUGACCAUCGCCUUCUUCGUGGGCAACCAGAUCUCCCUGCUCCGCACGCUGCUCUACGUGGUGGCCCAGCUGGUCGGGGCCAUCGCCGGCGCCGGGAUCCUCUACGGCGUCACCCCCGCCAACACCCGCGGCAACCUGGCCAUCAACGCGCUCAACAACAACAUAACCCCAGGCCAGGCCCUGGUGGUGGAGAUCAUCCUCACCUUCCAGCUGGCCGCCUGCAUCUUCGCAUCCACGGACAACCGGCGCAGCGGCGUCGGCUCCCCCGCACUGUCCAUCGGCCUCUCUGUCACCGUGGGCCACCUGGUGGGGAUUUACUUCACCGGCUGCUCCAUGAACCCUGCACGCUCCUUCGGGCCCGCCGUCGUCACCAGGAGGUUCAGCCCCGCGCACUGGGUGUUCUGGGUUGGGCCCAUCCUUGGGGCUUGCUUGGCCUCCCUGCUCUACUUCUACAUCCUGGUCCCCUACUGCAUGAACAUGUCCGACAGGGUGGCCAUCAUCAAGGGCACCUACGAGUCCGAGGAGGAGUGGGAGGAGCAGCGGGAGGAGAGGAAGAAGUCCAUGGAGCUGACCCCGCCGUAGGAGCAGCUGGCAAAGCCAAGCCGAGGGAGGGGAGGAAGGCCCACCCGUGGGCUCGCGUGUGCCCCAAAGCCAGGCAACCACCGCACCCAGCUGCAGCUGCUGACUCUUCAUCCAACCUUCCCAUCCAGGCCCCCGUGGAUGCCGGAAGGCCGGGGGGCUCUCUCUGCGUGUAAAGAACCCCUGCAUGAGCUCUAGAACCUCUCCAGCUUCCCCACAGCCGCAAAGCCCCUCAGGCAGGCCCUGGCACCCUCGGCUCCAGCCCUGCCCUCCCGGUGCAGCUCUGCGCCGUGGCAGGGCCCCACACCCCACACCAGCUCUGCGCCGUGGCAGGGCCCCACACCCCACACAGGGGCACCUGCAGGACCUCACCUGGCCCAGGUAUGGGAACCCCUGGGGGAAGGGGAACAACUGCUUAGGGCAGGGGGGUGCAGCUACCCCCAGCCCAGGGGCUGCUCGUAGAUGCUCUUUCACCUUUCCUGGUGCUGGGAGUCCUUUUUAUUCCCGAAGAACAAGACUUUUUGGAUUCUGUGUUGAGACCUUUGUAUUAUAGUUUAUUAUUUAUUGCAAAUAAAGG